ACUGUUGUGUGUAUUCAUAUACACGAAUGUAUGCACAGGAUGUGUGUAUGAACAUGAUACAAGAUAAUGAGUGUGUGUGUGUGUGUGUGUGUGUGUGUGUGUAAAAGUGAGUGAAUGAGCAGGACAGUGUGUGUGGGUCAGGGGGUGGGUGCAUCAGAGCGUGUCAGACAGCAGCAGUUAUCUAGGAAUCUGAAACAGAGGACCCACCAGAACAGCUUCACUGGGGGAGAGAGAGAGAGAGAGAGAGAGAGAGAGAAGAGAGAGAGCAAAGGAAGACCAGCCUCACAGAGAGCAACAGAGAGAAGAAGAGAGAUAGUGAUUCAGAUCCAUCUCACACCGCAAACCUCCAAACCUCCUCGCUCACAGGCUGAGCUCAAGAGGCAAAAAAAAACCAACCAAGAGAGGACAAGUAUCUGCAGGAGACAAGCAGCUGUGAAAGGAAUACAAGGUGAAACAAAAAAGAAGAGGGAGGUGUUCAUGUGGAAGACAGAGAAAGCCAGCCGAUAGUGUAGGAGAGCACAAAAGUCCAGGCCGUGUUUAGGGGUUAAAAAGGCUUCCCAUGUCUCUGCUUUGGGCCCUGUGUGCCCUCUCUUUGCUCUCCCCGGGUUUGGGGGUGCUGCCGCCUGAUGUCCCCGCCUGCACUCGCCCGCCCUGCAGGGACAGCCUGGUGGCUGCCCCCUCCGUGAGGACAGGGGGGUGCGAGGAGCGCUCGGGCGCUGGGGGGUGCAGGGCAUCUAUCUCUGGGCCCACCGCCUCUGACCCUCCGGCGAGGGCAGAAGAGAGACGGGCGGUGAGACAGAGCCAAUCAGAGGUGGGCGAUGUGUCCCAGCGGCUAGCUCAGCUUCAGCGCUGCAUGGGGGCCAUCCAGGAACCAGGGGGACACCGGGGCCAGGCGGGGGGCUCACUGGGGGCCACUUUAGCCCUGAUGGCAGCUGUCCUGACAGAGUGUGACCUGCACUGCCACAGUCAGGCACUGAGGUCAAUGGCCAAACGACUCGAAGCAGCUGCAGUUGGACGCGACGGAGAGAAAGAUCUCCUUAUUCUCCUGAGAAGCAUCACACUGAACCCCCCCACAGCGGCCCCAUUAACAAGGCUGCAUCCUCGGGACUGUGCCGAGAUUCAGAAAAUGGGGAUUAAGGAAAACGGAAUCUACACCAUUCAGCCUGACCCUCACCGCCCGGCAGUGGAGGCAGUCUGUGACAUGCAAACGGCCGGCGGAGGCUGGACGGUGUUUCAGAGGCGCCGUGAUGGAUUGGUGGACUUUAACCGUACCUGGCAGGAAUACCGUGACGGCUUUGGCGUCCCGCAGGGUGAACACUGGCUGGGCAAUGCGGCACUGCAUGGGUUGACGGCAACGGGGCAGCACCAGCUACGCGUGCAGCUGGAGGACUGGCACCAUCAGAGACGACAGGCCACUUACUCCACCUUCAGGGUGGCAUCAGAGGCGCACAGGUAUCGUCUGACAGCGCGAGAGUUCUCCGGAGAUGCUGGGAAUGCUCUCAGCUACAGCAAACGCUACAACCAUGACGGUCGUGCGUUCAGCACUGCCGACCGAGAUCACGACCGCUACGCGUCUGGAAACUGCGCCCAGUACUACGGAGCUGGCUGGUGGUUCGAUUCCUGUCUGGCAGCCAACCUUAAUGGCAGGUACUACCGGGGGCGAUACAGUGGACUCACCAACGGCAUAUACUGGGGCACGUGGUACAUCCUGACAGACGCUCGAAGCGGGGAGAGGUACUCCUUCAAGACGGUGGAAAUGAAGACUCGACCACGAGACUUCUGAUUGCUCAACUACUGGCUGUGGCUGUUUACCAGAAUACAGCACUCUUGCUGCGUUACACAAAAACUCAGAAAACUGGAGAAAAACUGUAGUUUAUGCAAUGAUAUACAUGCGCAUGUGCUUGUUAUUUUGUCUGUGUGUGUAUGUGUGGGCACAUUUCUGUGUGUGGACAGGGCAGGUAUGGGCAUUUGUGACUUGGGCUAAAUAGAGUGAACUCCAUAACGUUUGGGAGAAAGGCAUAAAUUCUUCUCGAUUUGGCUCUGUACUCAGCAAUUUUAGUUUUUCAAAAAUUCACAUAUGGUUAAAGUGCAUUCUCAGCUUUUAUUAAAGGGUAUUUUAUACAGUUUGGUUUUGCCAUGAAGACAUUACAGCACUUUUUAUACAUAGUCUCCCUAUUUCAGGGCAUCAUAAAGUUUGGGACAUAAUCAUGUUAUGUAAAUUAAAGUAGUCAUCUUUAGUACUUUGUCACAUAGUAGUCAUAUUGGGGUUAACUGCCUGAUAUCGAGUGUCUCCUGACUUUCUGCCACGGUAUCUACUUAUUGCUGUGGCCACCUUCACUUUAAAGAUCUUCUGGUUCACUGGUCAACCAAUAACAGUUUUAUAAAGAGGGAUCAGUUAUCAGUCUGAAACUCAGUCUUUCAUAGGUUAAAGUCCAAGAUGGACACAGGACAGAGUACCACUUUGCCAAGUCACUGAAAUGAGAACUUAUCGCUCUUCACGCACACCAGAACCCUUUGUUCCAUUUCCAGGAGCGCGACCUUAAUGCCGGCAUGCCAGAAUGUUUUAAAAUGAUGGCACAUAGGCUAGAGCGAGUCUGUUGCGCUGGCUCCUACCUCCUGUCUCCAAUGGGCACCUCUACUGGGCACUGUGAGCCCCUGGUGCUACUGCUGAUGCUGCAGACUCACUGACCCUUGGGUGUCCUCUGAGCCCAGCGUCGGUGGGGCGGGACAACCGCUGGCACCGGCUCGCAGGCGGCCCGGGUCGGGACAGAAGGAUCGCCCGGCUUUUCUAGUGGGUUUAGUGCGGGGCUGCGAGAGGGUGUGUAAACUGCGGCUCCUGUUUAAGCGCAGGUGCUAGCUGGUUGCGACGAGCUGCCAGUCUGUCCGACAAGCUGGGAGACGCUAUUAAUAGCACGCAGAGGGGGGAGAGGAGGCAGAUUGGAGCUUUGAUGUGGACAGACAGACAGACAGACAGACAGGAGGCAGACUCCUGACCAGCUGUGGUAUUUCACACACGCUGCCUACAACACUGCACGGUACACACACGCAGACACACACGUGUGUACGCACACACACAUGCCUGCACACACACACAAACAUUACCUACAACACUGACCAUAUGUACUCAAUAAACUACAAAUCCUUACAUACCCACAUGCACACACACUUGCUGGCACUC